UAAAAAGGUUAUCACUUUGUUCUAAUGAGAUAUGCAAAGUGCAUCAGAAAUGUUAUAACGAAGAAGUUGGCACUGCCUAUUAUAGAUCAAUUAUAAUCUUAAACCAAAUGAUAAGGCAUCGUUUCUUCUGCAGUAAUUAAUAAGUCUGUGAGAGUGUAGUCAGCAACUUAAGAUAGUAUAUUUAAGUUUCUCAUACAAUCCAAAAGUUUAUUGUAGUUCAUAAUAUUAGUAGAUGACAAGGAAGAAGUGCAUUAUCAAAUAUGAGCUUAUAAGGAGGUCAUAUGGGUGUGAUACAGCUAUGAUUUCAUAUUAUUUAUAAUUAUUAAUAUCCAGUAUUGUAAAGAUUAUGGAUAAUAUGGGCCAUACACAAUGAGUACUCCCACAGUUGUCAACUCUAUUCUCACUUUAAAAUGGCUUAGAUUGAGAAAGUUUUGUUUCUUAUUUCAACUUCAAACUGGUUUACAAAUAUAUGGUUUCACAUCUUUUCUGCUGAGCAUAUUAGUAACAGACAUCCUAUCAAUUAGUUUGAUUGAAGAACAAAUGUGUCAAGGAUAUCGUAGUGCCACAGAUCUUCUUCGAUGUUCUACUACAAAACAAAACAUUCUGCAGCAAGCCUGUCUAGCUCUCAUGUCAGCAAUGUUGCUGUGGUAUAAGAAAAGUCCUUGGAUUAUCAUGUGUUGGCUUGGGUGUAAAAUGGUUGUAACCAUCUUAGAAUUUGGUUUCUUGCUGGAAUGGGGCAGAGAAAUUGUCUCUCAGCUUUUCAGUGUUCAUCUGAAUUCUGUUUGGUUUGCUGUUGUUUUAAUAGCUGUGUAUCUCUAUGGCAUUUUGCUUAUAAGCAGCUACUACAGACAACUUAUGGACAACCCAGUAUCACAUGGCUUAUCAUCAACAAAAAAAUCAGACACAUAUAUUGAUAUACCCAUUCCUCCUGAUUUACCUAAUUUGUAAUGUUCUAAUAUGUGUUUUGAAAAAUAUGUAUUAAUAAAUGUACAAACUAACUUGGUUUGUGAAUAAAU